GCUGCUGGGGCUCGCGAGUCCGGAGCGCACGCCGGGCUGGGCGCGCAGNAAGCUAAUAAGGGCAGAGAAGAUUCAGUCAGGUCCUGAGAGUUGAGUCUAAGGCAAUGUUGCAGCAGACAGUGUUCUUGCUGGCCCUGGUGGCCCAGGGGCUGACACUGGAGAAUGGGCUCCUGCGGACACCACCCAUGGGCUGGCUAGCCUGGGAACGCUUCCGCUGCAACAUCCACUGUGAUGAAGAUCCGAAGAAUUGCAUCAGUGAGCGGCUCUUCAUGGAGAUGGCUGACCGGCUGGCCCAGGAUGGAUGGCGAGAUCUGGGCUAUGUAUACCUCAACAUUGAUGACUGCUGGAUUGGUGGGCGUGAUGACAAAGGCCGUCUGGUGCCUGAUUCCAAGCGCUUCCCUCGUGGCAUUGCCUUCCUGGCUGACUAUGCUCACUCCCUGGGCCUGAAGCUGGGCAUCUAUGAGGACAUGGGCAAUAUGACGUGCAUGGGUUUCCCCGGCACCACCCUAGACACAGUGGAGCUGGAUGCCCAAACCUUCGCUGGGUGGAAAGUGGACAUGCUGAAGAUGGACGGUUGCUUCUCCACCUCCGAAGAACGCGCACAGGGGUACCCCAAGAUGUCUGCUGCCCUGAAUGCCACAGGACGUCCCAUCGCCUUUUCUUGCAGCUGGCCAGCUUAUGAAGGGGGUCUCCCCCCCAAGGUGAACUACACUCUGCUGGCUAAUAUCUGCAACCUCUGGCGUAACUAUGAUGAUAUCCAGGACUCCUGGAACAGUGUACUGUCCAUCCUGGACUGGUUUGUGAAGCACCAGGACAUUCUGCAGCCACUGGCCGGUCCUGGGCACUGGAAUGACCCAGAUAUGCUGCUCAUUGGGAACUUUGGCCUAAGCUUUGAGGAAUCUCGGUCCCAGAUGGCUCUGUGGACGAUGCUUGCAGCCCCACUCUUCAUGUCUACAGACCUGCGCACCAUCACCCCCCAGAAUAUGGAUAUUCUUCAGAAUCCACUCAUGAUCAAAAUCAACCAGGACCCCUUAGGCAUCCAGGGACGCAGGAUUUACGAGGAUGAAUACCAAAUCGAAGUGUACAAGCGGCCCCUGACUAACGAGGCGAGCGCACUGGUCUUCUUCAGCCGGAGGACAGACAUGCCUUACCACUUCCACACCUCCCUCGCAAAGCUGAACUUUCCCAGAGCCAAAGUGUAUGAUGCCCAGAACAUCUUCUCAGGAGAGAUCAUCAGUGGCCUUUGGAGUGAGAACAACUUUACUGUGGUCAUCAACCCUUCAGGGGUUGUGAUGUGGUACCUGAAUCCUGUCAAGAACAUGGAUAUAUCUGAGACAAUGUACCAGUUGUGAGGAGCCAAGAAUGACAGGCUUUGGCAGCCCCACUGAGCCUAGACCAUGGAGCCUUGGCAUGCUGAGGACAAGUGGCAGGGCACUGUCCUUCCCAGGCUGCUCAGUGAUGUGACCCCAUCAUACCCAAAGUGCAAUUGCAGGGCCAGUUCCAUGCCCUGCCAGAGCAUGGGCCCUCUUGCCAACUUCUAGGGGCAGUUUCCUGUGGCCUUCCUGGCCUCUGUCUCCACAGCUAUGCAGCUGUCACCGAACAACUUGGCCAGCCUCCUGAGCCCCUCACAGGCAGGGCAUGAUGCCCAUCAGACUCGAGCCACUGACCUUGCUGCUGACUCUGAAAUAAGGAUUGGGAAUUGAUUAGGAGUGGAGAUCUGACUCCAAGCCAGGAAUCUCAUGAAUCAUGUGAUUGGCUUUGAUAGGAGAGGGCCUUGCAGUUGAUACCUCCUGGGAGUGAGGGUCGGACAGGAGACCUUGGCUCUCUCAGGUCACCAAUAAAGCUGUUCUUUAGUUGA